GCCAUAAGGACGCAUUGCUACGGCACGCACGCGUUUACGCUCUAAUUAUAGCUCUACAUAACAAUCCAAGCGAAGCGACGACGCAUCGCGGCUCAAUAAGUGGUCCAAGCACCUGCAGCCCUGAGACUGGUUACGAGCACGAUGAGUGAGCUGCGCGCAUUGAUGCGCGAGGACGACGACACGGCCAGCACGGGCAGCGAGGACCCGGACGCCGAGGACCGGGCGACGGUCACGACGGUCACGUUCGGAGACCUCGACAUAGUCACGCAGGAGGCGACGCACGCCUUCGGCGCGAGCGGGGCCGACCAGUCGGGUAACGUGGUGUGGGGCGCCGCGCGGGUCCUCGCGGAGCGCAUUGGCGGAGAGCGCUUCGCGGGCGCGACGGUUGUGGAGCUCGGGUGCGGGUGCGCCGUGCCCGCCGUCGUCGCGGCGAGGCGCGGCGCGGCGCGCGUCGUCGCGACGGACGCGUCUCAAGCUGUAUUGAGGCGCGCGGCGCGGACGGCGUCGUUGAAUGAUGCAGGUGUGGAGACGCGUGUGUUCGAUUGGGACGAGCUUGAGGGUUUAAGGAGAGAAGCGGACGUCGUCUUAUGCGCGGACUGUGUGUAUUCCGAAGGAGCCGCGCCGUUACUGCAGAAAGCAAUUUUGCAUAUAGCGAAGCCGGGCGCCUCUGUCUACGUCUGCUGCAAGAGUGGCCGGCGGGGCGUCGCCGCGUUCUGGGAGUCGAUGGCCGAUGCAAUGGAAGAAGUCGAAGCGAAGGAGGAGGGCGACCACGUCCUAAAAGUCUACCGGAGCAAAGGCCGGGGGCAGCUCCUCGACGAGCUCGCGGCGAAGCGCGGCGAGCUCGCGGACUGCCGGGCGUGUAUGGUGGGUUUGAAGGACGAUCUGCGGACCAUGGCCGUGACCAUGGAGGCCGACAUGCAGAGGCUCCUCGGCGCGCUCUCGGCGGCGGCGGCGGGCCAGGCCGACGCGCGCAUCCGCGCGCUCGAGGCGGAGCGGCGCGUCGCGGAGCUCGAGGCCGAGGCCGCGCGGCUCGAUGCGGAGGCCGCCGCGGAUCACCCGUCCUAA